AAAUAAUCCUAUGGCCAAAAAGGAAAGAAAAGAAGGUGCGGUGGAGAAUGGCGUCGGUCAAACGGAUCAUAUGGCAUUAAAAUAAAACAGUGCUGCCCAGACGAGACCAAAUACCAAAUCGACAAAAGAAGACACUUUGCUUCCUACGGUAGACGAAGUUAAAUUACAAGGAGAGAAAGAAACAUGCUUCAAAUUUUCAAGUCAAUUACCCUUUCUCUCUUUUUUCAGCUUUCUUCCUACUAACCCUGAAAUCGAGGUUUUUCUUUUUUUCGACCUUUCUACCCUUGCAUUUUCUUCAUUUAGACAUUGCAUUUUUAUUCGUUUUCUAAUUUUAGUUUUAAGUUAUUCUUUGCCUCUUCCAAGGGGAACUUGAACUUCACUGCAAAACUGGAAAUGAAAUUACGAGGUUUUGUGGGGUUUGACUAGAAUUGUGAAAGUUUAUAACUUGACCAAGAGUUUACUGGAAGGUUCUAUUUUUUCCUUGAUUCAGAAUUGAAUGGGUUGAGACUUGACAACAGAAAAAUGAGGGGUGGCUAUAUUGAAGAGGAAGAGGAUCUAUUCUUUGAUACCCAUGAAGAGAUAUCUUCUGUGUCUGAUCGUGUUUCAGAUUGUUGUGAGGGCUGUAGUUCUUCGGACUUUGAACUGGUCAGCAGUAUAGCAGGUUAUUCACAAUAUGAAUUUUGGACUAAAUAUCCAGAAAGUGUUAAUGAGCGUCGCAGUAAGUUUUUAGAAUUGACGGGUUUGAGUUUUGAUCGACAUCUGAUAAAUUCAGAAGAUUCAGGGGAUGAAUCAUGUUAUGACAUUCAUCCAGAUAACAAUCGAAUAACAGAAAAUAGUGGGGCUGUGCUGAGGACCUCUGGUUUCGAAGACGAGAUUUUCUUCAAUCAGUCUUCCAUUUCUUCUGAGUUAUGUUCAUUGGAUAAUGGUGCUGCCUAUACUUUGGAGAAUGAAUUUGCAAGUGGAACUAAGACAUCAGAUAACAGAUUGAAGUUCCUGGUGAGUGACAUAAAUCAAGAUGAGAUACUUAGCAGACUAAAAGAAAUGGGUUCAAGUCGAUCUUUUAGUUUUGAGGAGUUUCAGAGAUCUUCUGGUUCUGGGUCAUCAUCCCCUUGGGUUCAGCGAAUGUUGAGUAGAGGAAGAGACAAGGGAAAGGAUUUGGUUAGUGGAAAAAGGAAAGCAAAGGUGGGUUGGUUAAAAAAAAUUGGUGCUGUGGCUUGUGUAGUUGACAGACAUGAGACUGCUUCUUCAUCGCCUAGUGAUCAUGAACUUACAUCUGGGACGAGAAUGUGUAGAGUUCAGGCACAUCCACUUAAAAAACGAUCAAAGGAACUGUCCUCCCUCUAUACUGGUCAAGAAUUUGUGGCACAUGAGGGGUCAAUUUUGACGAUGAAGUUCAGUCUUGAUGGGCAAUACUUGGCUAGUGCUGGUGAGGAUGGUACAGUGCGAGUGUGGAAGGUCAUUGAGGAUGAUAGAUUAGACAGAUUUGACAUUCAAGACCUUGAUCCUUCAUGUCUAUACUUCACAAUCAAUCACCUUUCACAGAUAACUCCUCUUGAUGUUGAUAAAGAGAAAGUAGAUAAGACAAAGAAUUUGAGAAGUUCAUCUGACUCAACUUGUGUUGUUUUACCACCCAAGGUCUUCAGGAUAUUGGAAAAGCCAUUACAUGAGUUCCAGGGACACAGCAGUGAGGUUUUGGAUCUGUCAUGGUCAAGGAAUGGGUUUUUGCUGUCAUCCUCUGUUGAUAAGACCGUUCGUUUAUGGCAAGUGGGAUGUGACAGAUGUCUCAGAGUAUUUUCUCAUAACAAUUAUGUGACUAGUGUUGCUUUCAACCCUCUGGAUGAUAAUUAUUUCAUUAGUGGUUCAAUUGAUGGAAAAGUUCGCAUUUGGGAAGUGCUUCACUGUCAGGUUGUUGAUUACACGGACAUAAGAGAAAUUGUCUCUGCUGUGUGUUACCAACCUCAUGGAAAGGGAGGAAUUGUGGGCACCAUGAAUGGUAACUGUAUUUUCUAUGAUAUUAUAGAUAACAAACUGCUUGAAGAUACUCAAAUAUGCCUGCCGGGCAAAAAGAAGUUGCCAGGCAAGCGGAUAACUGGCUUUCAGUUUUCACCUAGUGAUCCAAGCAAAGUAAUUGUCACCUCUGCUGAUUCACUAGUCCGAGUACUUUGUGGGCCAGAUGUCAUCAGCAAAUUCAAGGGUUAUCGGAUUGCUGGAAGCCAGAUGUUUGCAACGUUUACUUCGGAUGGGAAGCAUGUAGUUUCAGCCAGUGAAGAUUCCAAUGUCUACAUCUGGAACUAUCCGAACCAGGACAGAACUUCGUCCAAAGCAAAGAGUCUUUGGUCUUGUGAGAGUUUCAUGUCCCGUAAUGCAUCAAUUGCCGUACCCUGGUUUGGCAUUGAAGCUGCACCAGGAACAGGUCCGUCCCCAUCAUUUGGAGGGAAUAUUCAGCCGAAUAACUUCGAAAAUGAUAAGAAGCAUGACAAUCUCGACAGGGAAUCUGACCAAAAAACACCCCAGUCUCCAUCAGAUUGCUUCUCGUUGGCACGUGGGUUUCUGUUGGAGUAUCUAAAUAAGGGUGGCAUUGCUACUUGGCCGGAGGAGAAACUUCCGAAUGCAAGCCCUAGGGCAGCUUCACCUCUCUGUAAAUCAAAAUUGAAACUUUUGAAGAAUGCCUGCCAUAGCCUCUUAAGUUCUCCUCACUUGUGGGGUCUUGUAGUUGUUACAGCAAGCUGGGAUGGGCGGAUCAGAACCUACCUCAAUUAUGGCUUGCCCAUUCGUCUUUAAGAACCUAAGCAUUGCGUUUUUGUUGAUGGGCAUUUUGAAGGCAACUCCAUUACAAUUUUGCACAGUGCUUAUCUGUGCAUGUGUGGGUUGGAUAUAGAAUUGGAUAGAUAGACAAAUAACAAGAACGACAUUAUGAUCAAUCUAAUAGUUGAUUUUUAUAGUAAUCAUUCAUUGAUUUA